UCAAUUCCGCCUGCAGAGCGCCUGUCCAUCUGCCUGAGGUUCCUUGCCACCGGGGACUCCUUCAGGACCAUUGCGUUUAGUUUUCGAGUUGGUGUGUCUACCGUGAGCGAGAUCAUCCCCCAGGUAGCGACAGCCAUCUGGGACUGUCUAGUGGAUGAUUUCAUGGCUGUGCCUUCACUGGGAGACUGGCGGUCCAUUGCAGAGGAAUUCCAGGAGCGCUGGCACUUCCCUCUCUGCUGUGGAGCUCUGGAUGGGAAGCACGUCCAGACGAAGGCACCCCCCAACUCAGGAUCCAUGUUCCACAACUACAAGGGAACAUUCUCCAUUGUUCUCCUUGCGGUUGUGGAUGCAAGGUAUCGCUUCCGAGUUAUUGAUGUUGGGGGGGUACGGGAGGACCAGCGAUGGGGGUAUUCUGGCCAACUCCACCUUUGGUCAGGCUCUUCGGGCUGGGACUCUCCAUCUGCCUCCUGACCAGCCUCUACCUGGUGGAGAACACCGUGGAGCCCAGCCCCAUGUGUUUGUGGCUGAUGAAGCGUUCCCGCUGCGGCGUGAGCUCAUGAGGCCUUUCCCUGGACGCCUCCUCCCCUUAGAGAAGAGGAUCUUCAACUAUUGCCUUUCCAGGGCCAGGAUGAUAGUGGAGGGUGCCUUUGGUGUCCUCUCCUCACAGUGGAGGAUGUAUCGGCGCUCCAUGGAGCUCCGUCCUGAAAUUGCGGAGAAGUGUGUGAAGGCAACGUGUGUUCUCCACAAUUUUCUGCGCGGUUUGGACGAGAGAGGGGCACCUGCUGUGAGGAGUGUGGCACCUGCUGUGGUGGAGCCGUUGCAAAGCCUGGGCCGUGUAGCAGCAAACAACUCCUCCAGAGAGGCUGUCCUGGUGAGGGAGAAGUUCAUGGCCCACUUCUCGGCGGAGGGAGCUGUGACUUGGCAGCCAAA